AUGGGGGAGCUGUGUGUAACCGGGCGCGGGCGCCAGUCGGGAGACGCGGGGAUCCUCAAGGGGGCGAAAAACCCCGCCCACCACAACGCCCCGCGUCCCCGCGCCGAAAGCCCCGCCUGCACCCUAAGCCCCGCCCCGCGCAGGCGCCUGACCCCGGAAGCCGUCCUCACUGCGCAGGCGCUGUCAGUUCCGCCAGCCCCGGGGCUGUAUCCCGGCUGCCAGGUCCUGUCACUCCCGGGUCCCCCGAGCCCUGGCGUCAUGGUGCCGCCACCCCUGUCGCUGUCACCGCCGCUCUGCACGCUGCCGGCGGGCCCUGGACCCUCCCGCUUCGUGUGCUACUGCGAGGAGGAGGGAGCCGGGGACGCGGACCGCGGUGGCUUCAACCUCUAUGUGACGGACGCCGCGGAGCUCUGGAGCACUGGCCUCACGCCGGACAGCCUGCCGGCCCUCAAAGCCCGCCUUGGCCUGAGUGCAGACCAGGACAUCACCCCCCGGUUCAGGGCAGCCUGUGAGCAGCAGGGUGUGACCCUGAACCUGCAUGAGGACAUCGCAUCCCUGACCCUCUCCGAGGGGCCCUCCACCCUGACCUUUGACCUCACAAAGGUCCCGGGCUCGGAGGCAGCCCCCAGGUUGCAGGCCCUCACACUGGGCCUGGCGGAGCGCGUGUGCCGGCUGGAGCAACGGCUGGCAGCCGCCCAGGAGAUGGUAGCCAGCUCCAGCAAGAGCCCCUGGCGGGCUGGGCCCCACCUUUAUUUACCGGAGCCAGAUCCUCAGAGGGGCGGCCCUGGAUCUGGAGUCAGGAGAAGAUGCCCAGGAGAGUCCCUCAUCAACCCUGGCUUCAAGAGUAAGAGACCUGCCGGUGGUGUGGACUUUGACGACACCUGA